GACAGGCACCUGAUCAGAGAACACUUCUAUAUAAACUCUAAUCUUCAUUCUGAUAAACACUGACAGGCCGGGUGACAUCAAGGAAACAUAUAUCCUACAUACCGUCACAAGAUGAGGUUUUUGGUUGUUGCCGCUGCUUUUCUGGCUGUUGCCAGUGCUGCCAGUCUUUCUCUGGAGGACAUGGAGUUUCACGCAUGGAAAAUGAAAUUUGGUAAGAUCUACCGUUCUGCGGAGGAAGAGUCUCAGCGUAUGCAGACCUGGUUGUCCAAUCGCAAACUGGUUUUGGUCCACAACAUGAUGGCAGAUCAGGGCAUCAAAUCCUACAGGCUUGGCAUGACAUACUUCGCUGACAUGAGUAAUGAGGAAUACAGACAGGUGGCGUUCCAUGGAUGUCUGGGCUCAAUGAAUAACACUAAGGCCCGUGGUGGUGCUAUGUUCUUCCGGCUGAAGGAUGCGGUUGUGGUGCCCAAAUCCGUGGACUGGAGGGACAAGGGCUACGUGACCGAUGUCAAAGACCAGAAGGACUGUGGAUCAUGCUGGGCCUUCAGUGCAACUGGUUCCCUGGAGGGUCAGACAUUCAAGAAGACAGGAAAACUGGUGUCCCUCAGUGAGCAGCAGCUGGUGGACUGCUCUGGUUCUUAUGGGAACUUGGGCUGUGGUGGAGGACUAAUGGACCAGGCCUUCCAGUACAUUGAAGCCAAUGGAGGUCUGGAUACAGAGGAGUCCUACCCGUAUGAGGCCGUUGAUGGUCAGUGCCGUUUUAACCCGAGCACUGUGGGUGCCACCUGCACAGGAUAUGUUGAUAUUGCUAGUGGGGAUGAAAGUGCACUACAGGAGGCUGUUGCCACAAUUGGCCCCAUAUCUGUUGCCAUCGAUGCUGGACACAGCAGCUUUCAGCUCUAUCAAUCAGGUAUCUACAAUGAGCCUGAGUGCAGCAGCUCUGACUUAGAUCAUGGCGUCCUGGCUGUUGGUUACGGAAGUUCCAAAGGACAGGACUACUGGAUCGUCAAGAACAGCUGGGGUGAGGGAUGGGGUGACAAUGGCUACAUCCUGAUGUCCAGGAACAAGAGCAACCAAUGUGGCGUUGCUACUGCGGCCAGUUACCCUCUGGUCGAGUGUGACACAAGAAAUGAAACUGUGACGUUAUACACUCUGUUCUGUUUUUAUCUUGUGCACUUCUUGUCCGACCUCACACUUGACUCUUCUCUUUCUGUGAGCAGGAUGAGGUUUUUGGUUGUUGCUGCUGCUUUUCUGGCUGUUGCCAGUGCUGCCAGUCUUUCUCUGGAGGACAUGGAGUUUUACGCAUGGAAAAUGAAAUUUGGUAAGAUCUACCGUUCUGUGAAGGAAGAGUCUCAGCGUAAGCAGACCUGGUUGUCCAAUCGCAAAAUGGUUUUGUUCCACAACAUGAUGGCAGAUCAGGGCAUUAAAUCCUACAGGCUUGGCAUGACAUUUUUUGCUGACUUGAGUAAUGAGGAAUACAGACAGGUGGCAUUCCGUGGAUGUCUGGGCUCCAUGAAUAACACUAAGGCCCGUGGUGGUGUUAUGUUCUUUGGGAUGAAGGAUGCUGUUGUGGUGCCCAAAUCCGUGGACUGGAGGGACAAGGGCUACGUGACUGAUGUCAAAGACCAGAAGGACUGUGGAUCAUGUUGGGCCUUCAGUGCAACUGGUGCCCUGGAGGGUCAGACAUUCAAGAAGACAGGAAAACUGGUGUCCCUCAGUGAGCAGCAGCUGGUGGACUGCUCUGCUCCUUUUGGGAACAUGGGUUGUUUAGGAGGAUAUAUGAACCAGGCCUUCCAAUACAUUGAAGCCAAUAGAGGUGUGGAUACAGAGGAGUCCUACCCGUAUGAGGGCACUGAUGGUCAGUGCCGUUUUAACCCGAGCACUGUGGGUGCCACCUGCACAGGAUAUGUUGAUAUUACCAGAGGGGAUGAAAGUGCACUACAGGAGGCUGUUGCCACAAUCGGCCCUGUAUCUGUGGGCAUCGAUGCUGGACACCUCAGCUUUCAGCUCUAUCAAUCUGGGAUCUACGACGAGCCUGAAUGCAGCAGCUCUGAAUUAGAUCAUGGCGUCCUGGCUGUUGGGUAUGGAAGCUUGAGUGGAAAGGACUAUUGGAUCAUCAAGAACAGCUGGGGUGUGGGAUGGGGUGAUGAGGGCUACAUCCUGAUGUCCAGGAACAAGAGCAACCAAUGUGGCAUCGCUACUUUAGCCAGCUACCCUCUGGUCUAAUGAGAAAGGUCAAAAUGGACCUGGAGUGGAUGGGAGAUAAAGAAAUGUUGACCGUUUGAAUGAUUCUACAUUAACCUCAGAAUCACACUAUUAUAUUAAUUACAAUUUGAAUUUUUUAUUUUAUUUUAACUAACUUAAGCUGUUGUAUAUAUUUUCAAAUUGUCUAACAAGGAAACAUGUUACUACAAUGUAGGGA